AUGCUGGCUAACGCUAAAAAAUGUAAGGUUGUCAAUUUUUCCCGUGCACGUCGUGUUAUCAAUUUUGAAUACCAACUUUGCGGAGAAAGCCUGGAGAAUGUGUCGUCUAUUCUGGACUUAGGGGUGAAAAUUGAUAACAGGCUUACAUUCGCCGAGCACAUCGCGCUUACCGCAGCUAAAGGAUUUGCAAUUCUCGGAUUUCUGCGUCGAAACACUCGUGAUUUUGAUGACAUUUACGCUUUGAAAGCCGUCUAUUGCUCUUCGGUACGUAGCAUCUUGGAGUAUGCUGCACAGGUGUGGGCUCCCUAUCAGAGCGCACAAUGCUACCGCCUUGAACGUGUUCAGCGUAGUUUUGUUAGAAACUGCAGCAAACCGGCCACGCUCCAGUGUCCGGUCUGUCUGAAGAUGGGUAUCCAGGGGUCGUACUUUUGCACCCAGGAUUGCUUCAAGAGCUCCUGGAAGGGCCACAAGGUGAUCCAUCUGUUGGCAAAGGGAAAAGAAGAAUCCACAGCCUACAAUCCUUGGCCUUACUACACGUUCACCGGGAAGCUUCGCCCCCAUCCACAGUCGGAAACGCGUAAGGUUCCGGCCCAUAUUGGCCGGCCGGAUUACGCAGACCACAAGGAGGGCCGCUCGAAGUGCGAGGAGCAGAUGCGUGGCAACACCACGAUCAAGGUAUUGGACGACGACGAGAUAGAAUCGAUGCGCGUAGCUUGCCGGCUGGCCCGGGAAGUUCUGGACGAGGCAGCGCGGGUGUGCGACGUUGGCGUUACCACGGACGAGAUCGAUCGUGUGGUUCACGAGGCUAGCAUCGAGCGGGAAUGUUACCCGAGCCCACUGAAUUACUACAAUUUUCCCAAGUCAUGUUGUACCUCGGUCAACGAGGUCAUUUGCCAUGGAAUACCGGACAUGCGCCCCCUUGAGGAUGGUGAUCUGUGCAAUGUGGACGUUACCGUGUACCAUCGUGGCUUCCACGGCGAUCUGAACGAAACUUUCUUUGUCGGUAAUGUCAAAGAGCAGCACAAGAAGCUGGUGCAGGUCACCCAUGAGGCUUUGUCCAAAGCAAUCGCCAUUGUUAAACCCGGAGAACGGUAUCGGGAAAUCGGAAACGUUAUCCAGAAGCAUGUCCACGCUCACGGUUACAGCGUGGUGAAAAGCUAUUGCGGUCACGGAAUCCAUCGAUUAUUCCACACUGCCCCUAACGUGCCUCAUUAUGCCAAAAACAACGCAGUGGGGGUGAUGAAAGCUGGACACUGCUUCACCAUCGAGCCGAUGAUUUCCGAGGGAACCUGGCGUGACGUGUCCUGGCCAGACGACUGGACAGCCGUCACUGCCGAUGGGCUGUUCUCGGCACAGUUCGAGCAAACGCUGCUGGUCACGGAAACGGGCUGCGACAUCCUGACCAAACGAAGAACCAACAACGGGCAGCCGCAUUUCAUGGACAAAAUGUAGAGUACAUUUUGACACCUUUUUUCGUUGAUUCAAUCAUACAAAAUAUUUUAUAAACAAUAGAAGAAAGGAAAAGGAAUCGAUCGAUUAUGUAUGAACUAUGAACAGUUAGAGUGACCUAUUAACAAGAAUUGCCAAUCGUAACCGAUAAUCGCUGGCGGGAUAGUUUCUUUUAGUUCUUUGCAGUGGAAUUCAAUGCUCUUAGUCUCUGAAUAAUUAUUAAUUUAGAAUGUUCCACAAAAUUUCGUUUUAUUAAAUAAUAUUGGUGAUUUUCACCAAAACAAUAAAAAAAAGAAAAAUAAUGACUUCCUUCUGUUCGCAUUUCUGAAAGACUAUGUAGCUGGAGCUUUGAGGUCGUCUAGAAUUUUGCCAAACUGCCCAUCGUACUUCGGUACCCGCGAAAGGUUCUGUUUGACAGGCUUUUCCUCCUCGAUUACCACAUCAACUUUCACUCGUUUACCGGCGGCGUACUGUUCCUUGGAAGGUUGCGUCUCCAUUUUACGUUUCUGCGGAUGAAUGAAACUGCCUUGGCCGGCAGCCCUCAGCGAG